AUGUGUACGUUUGCAUUCAAACGAUUCAUCAGAGACGCUCAAAUAAUACAGAUUAAGAAUGGCAAAAUAAGAGACUUUGACCACAAUCAAAUUAAUUCCCUAGAUGCUACAUCAUUUUCUGGACUAACAUUGGUUCGUCAAAUAAUGCUUCGACGAAAUCAACUUAAUUCCCUAGAUGCUGCACCAUUUUCUGGACUAACAUCCCUUGCAAUAUUAGAUUUAUCCUACAACAGAAUUUCUAGUAUAGAUGAUGAAUUGUUAGUUGUUCUUCGGACUGUGCAAAUUUUAGAUUUAAGAUAUAACAAGCUUACCACCUUUAAACCUUUAAACCAAUUUAGUGGAUCACUGAAUCAUCUAUACCUUUCACACAAUAACAUUAAUUCCAUCGAUGCUACAUCAUUUUCUGGACAAACAUCACUUACAUUAUUAGAUUUAUCCUUCAACAGAAUUUCUAGUAUAGAUGAUGAAUUGUUAGUUGUUCUUCGGACUGUGCAACUUUUAAAUUUAAGAUAUAACAAGCUUACCACCUUUAAUCCAAUUACUAAUAAUAGUUUGGGAUCACUGAAUACACUUGGUUUGAGCGGGAACCCAAUCGUCUGCUGUACAAUGAAAGAAUUUGUAGAUUGGACCAAAACAGUAUCAUGGCGUUUCAUUGGUGGAUCGUGUACCGAUUUCAAUGAAAGUACACCGAUCCUAAGUUUCAAUACGUCAAAAUGUAUUGUUCCAGUUGAUGGUCGAUGGAGUGAGUGGAAUAACUCCACAUGUUCUGUGACAUGUGGAGUAGGCAUUGUAAAUAGUAGCAGAACAUGUGAUAGUCCUCUUCCAUCUCAUGGUGGAAAGCAAUGUAUUGGUGAAGCAAAUAUCACGACAUCCUGUAACUUAGUAGACUGUCCAAUUGACGGCGGAUGGGGGUCCUGGUCGAACCAAACUUGUUCCGUCACAUGUGGAAAAGGUAUUCAGUCCAGAAAUCGAUCUUGUGACAGUCCAGUUCCCUCUGCGGAUGGCGCAACAUGUAAUGGGUCGAGUGUAGAUACAUCGGGUUGCAAUUUAGAAGAUUGUCCAGUAAAUGGUCAGUGGGGUUCCUGGUCGACUGGACCAUGUUCUGUCACAUGUGGUAAUGGUAUUAGAUAUAGGAAGAGGAGUUGUGACAGCCCACCAGCUUCUAACAAUGGACAAGGUUGUAUUGGUUCUUGCGCAGUCUCUGUGAUUUGUACCUUAGAAGUGUGUCCAGAAUCAAAGAAAUGGAAAGGAUAUCAUGGAAUAAGACUGAAUAGCAGAAGAUAUCACGGAAUAAGACUGAAUAGCAGAAGAUAUCAUGGAAGAAGACUGAUAAGCAGAAGAUAUCAUGGAAUAAGACUGAAUAGCAGUAGAUAUCACGGAAUAAGACUGAAUAGCAGAAGAUAUCAUGGAAUAAGACUGAAUAGCAGAAGCUAUCAUGGAAUAAGACUGAAUAGCAGAAGAUAUCAUGGAAGAAGACUGAAUAGCAGAAGAUAUCAUGGAAUAAGACUGAAUAGCAGAAUAUAUCAUGGAAGAAGACUGAAUAUUAGAAGAUACAAAAACAACAUCUAACAUGUACAUCAUGUUAAUGUUGUAACUCAUGAUAAUGCAAAACAAUGGAAUUAUUUCUCAAGUAAUUUAAGUGGGAUUUAAUAAAAACAAAUCUUUGUUUUGUCUGAUAUGGCUAAUUAUUUGCUAUGAGUUAUCUUUUCUUUCUUUAUCAAACAUUUUUUAACAAGGUAUCUUGGUAGAUCUUCAUCAUAGGGAUUGAUAAUUUGGAUGCCAAAUACUACUGAUUUAUAAUUUCCUUAAUUGAAACUUUAAGGUGGUACCUUACACAACAGGCAGAUAAACGUUUUAAUUUUACUGUGUUGUUAAGGGAAUAUUAAGCUUCACGAUGAUCAAAACUCGUGUUUGUAAAACUGCUACAUAACCAGUGUAAUUUUUCUGAUAAAUUGGUUGGUUCAAAUAUUUUGAAAUUUUUAUAUUUUUUUAAAAGGGUCAAAUUAAAUACUUUGUCAAAAUUUUGUGAAAAUUAAACGAGCCAAAUUAAUUUCAGUGAAGGUGUUGGGUACCAACUUUAACAAGUUGCAUGAAAAUAUGUAUUUUGGAAUAACAGACCUCAACUGUUUUAUCUGUCUUUUAUCUGACAA